CUCCAUAUAAAGCCCCAAGUAGAGCCCAAAUUAACAGUUCGUUUAUGCCUUGAGAUCUCAUUUCCCUCCCUUUUAUUCUCUCCGCCUCGGUUUUCUCUGCAACUAUCAAAUCGAAAAGCUUCUACUUCUGCUUUCUUUCUCUCUCUUCUCUUACAGCUACGUCCACUACGAUUUUGGAUCAGUUGCUCUCAGUCAGAUCUGAUUUGAUUUGACCGGACAAUGCUCUAAAUCAGGUAGCACAUUUCAAGGCCGAAUAGUUGCCGCCCAUGGGAACCGUGAUUGAUGCUGCCAACCAGACAGGAAAUGGAAGCUUGCCAAAUGGAAAGAAGGUGAAAGUUGUCUUCGUUUUGGGUGGUCCAGGUAGUGGAAAGGGCACCCAGUGUGCAAAUAUUGUAGAACACUUUGGGUUCACCCAUCUCAGUGCUGGUGAUCUUCUUCGAGCAGAAAUUAAAUCUGGUUCUGAAAAUGGUACUAUGAUCCAGAACAUGAUUAAGGAGGGGAAAAUUGUUCCUUCUGGGGUAACAAUUAAUCUUCUCCAGAAGGCAAUGCAGGAGAGUGAUAAUGUCAAAUUCCUUAUCGAUGGCUUUCCCCGUAAUGAAGAGAACCGUGCUGCAUUUGAGAAAGUUACAGGAAUUAUUCCCGAAUUUGUAUUAUUUUUUGAUUGUUCAGAGGAGGAGAUGGAGAGGCGCAUUUUGAAUAGGAACCAGGGUAGAGAAGAUGAUAACAUUGAUACAAUCCGGAAGCGGUUUAAGGUUUUCAUAGAAUCCAGUCUUCCCGUGAUUGAGUAUUAUGAGUCGAAGGGGAAGGUUCGGAAGAUUGAUGCUGGAAAACCUGUUGAAGAGGUCUUUGAGGCUGUCAAAGUUGUUUUCUCUUCCAUUAAUGCAGAGGUGUUAAACUUAGUACAUUGCAUAUGAUGUACCUUACAUGAGAGGGUCGCCAGCAUAUUUUGUACUGAUAGUUCUUGUAAUGAGUGCCUAUGCUGUCAUAUUGUUAUUGUUAUUGUUAUUGUGACUGAAUUCUCUAAAUAAAAUUUACUCAAGUAAUAAUAAUUAUUCUUUGGAGGUA